AGCUGCCCUGCCCGGGAAUCAAACCUCCCUACCGAGCACCGAACACUGACAUCCCGCAUUGACCCAGCCCGGUGUGUCGCUGUCUGUUUUCCCGGUGAAAUCGCCCUCUGGGCUCCGGUGUUGUUGUCGCGGCUGUCCGGGCUGGAUCUCCACCGGGAGGCUGCAGCGCUCCGGAGGGACCGUUUCUGCCGGUAAUAACACGGAAAUACGAAUAAAACCCGGGACAGGGGGGUGAUGGACUGAAGUGAUCUGACAUCUGAGAGCGUUUUUAGGCCCACUGUGAGCUGCGACACAUCCGGACCUGGUGCGUCUCGAUCCCGGCUCCUGCUCCAACCUGGACCACAGAGUCGUGUUUGUCCCUGAGGAUUAAAAACAUUUAUUUUGUUUUUUAGUUUGUCAGAUCUUUUCUGUGAUAAACGGUCCUGAUUGAGACUUCCUCCUCUUCCUCCUCCUCCUCCUCCUCCUCCUCGUGCUGGUCUGGAUUAAAGCCCAUCAGGAUCAUGAAUCAUCCCCCCUCUGCUCCUCUAAUCCGGGUUUUACCGAGCUGGAUUUAAAUCUGAGAUCUGAUCUGGAUUACGCUGCUCCUGGAUCUGAUCGGGUCACGUCCUGGUCCUGGUGUGAUCUUGGACUCGGUCCUGGUUGUUUUGGGGGGAGUUCUGCUGUCAACCAUGCCGACGUCCCGGCCCGGUUCGGCGCCGGUGGAGUUCUGGGUGGACGGGUCGAGGCGGGACGGGGCGGUGGAGGAGUUCUACACCCUGAGCUCCGAGCUGGGCAGAGGAGCGACGUCCAUCGUGUAUCGCUGCGAGGAGAAACAGACCCAGAAACCCUACGCCCUCAAAGUCCUCAAGAAAACGAUCGACAAGAAAAUAGUUCGCACAGAAAUCGGAGUCCUGCUGCGUCUUUCUCACCCAAACAUCAUCCAGCUGAAGGACAUAUUUGAGACGGACACUGACAUCGCUCUGGUGCUGGAGCUGGUGACGGGAGGAGAGCUGUUCGACAGGAUUGUGGAGCGAGGUUACUACAGCGAGAGAGACGCCGCUCACGUCAUCAAACAGAUCCUGGAGGCCGUGGCGUAUCUGCAUGAGAAUGGUGUCGUGCAUCGUGACCUCAAACCGGAGAACCUGCUGUACGCCGACCUGUCGCUGGACGCUCCGCUGAAGAUCGCCGACUUUGGUCUUUCCAAAAUCAUCGACGACCAGGUGACGAUGAAGACGGUCUGUGGCACACCGGGGUACUGCGCUCCAGAGAUCCUGCGGGGGAACGCGUAUGGCCCCGAGGUGGACAUGUGGUCGGUGGGCGUCAUCCUCUACAUCCUACUCUGCGGGUUCGAGCCCUUCUUUGACCCGCGGGGGGAUCAGUACAUGUACAGCCGGAUCCUCAACUGCGACUACGAGUUUGUGUCCCCGUGGUGGGACGACGUCUCCCUCAAUGCCAAGGAUCUGGUCAGUAAGCUGAUCGUCCUCGACCCUCACAAGCGCCUCAGCGUCCGGGAGGCCCUGCAGCACCCCUGGGUGCUCGGCAAAGCCGCCCGCUUCUCCCACAUGGACACCGCCCAGAGGAAACUACAGGAGUUCAACGCUCGCCGCAAACUUAAGGCCGCCAUGAAGGCCGUCGUGGCCACCAGCCGGAUGCACGAGAGCUCGCGGCGCCGCACCGACAGCUGUGAGAUUCCAGGCUCGGGGACUUCCAGGCAGAGCAGCAUGCAGCAGGACCCGCCUCCGGAGUCAACAAGCCCCACCCCCGGUGACGAAGAGGCCCCGCCCCCGGACCAGCAGCCGCCGCAGGAGGACGAAUCAAAGCCCGCCGACCAAAGUGCCCUCACCCCCUCCCCUCCACGCAGCCCAGAACCACCACCCAGCGCUGUUGUCACGCCCACAGGGCCCGCCCCCACCAGACCGCCGCUGCGCCUCGACGGGCUUCGACAAGCGUCCAGCGUCCCCAAAGCCGCCCCGGUCCCGCCACGCCUUCCGCAGAAGAGCUACUCCGUGGUAGAGCCCGCCUCCAGAGUCGACGCUAAGCUCACGGUGGCCAUUACCCCGAGUCCCGCCGGCCUCAGCAACGGCUUCACGCCGGGGGCGGAGCCCGCCAGUAAGACGGCCCACUGCCAGUGAUCAGCUGACAAACAGAGUCGCUCCACUCUGCGAAAGUGUCUCAUCUUCCAUUAGCUCUUUACUCACAUCUCAAGUCUUUGGCACCAAAUGAACCUAAAGUUUCUGUAACUGACGGAGAAAACGUUUAACUUCCACUUCUACGCUAACGUGCGAACAGACACGCUGGAGGCUUCGCUGAGUUUCUGCAGCCGGGACUGUUGUUCUGUUGAGCUGCUGGUUCUGGUUCUGUUGAGGCUGGAGAAGAUUCAGGAUCUGAAACACGACACACGAGUUACACGUUAUUAAAUCUCUGCUGUUGUUUCUGUGGUAAGAAAAACAGAUAAACGCGCCAGAUUAUUCAGAUUUUAACAAAAACAACCAAAUCGUUCUGUCUUUUAUCUGAUGUUUUUAUUUUUUUUAAAGUGUGGCUUUUCUAGCGAGCAAAACAUUGUUUGUGUUUUUGUAGAUGAUUAUUAGAUUAUUUCUGUCAUAUGAGAUUUUAAUAAUCCACCAUCUGCCAUGUGCCUGGAGAUUUAUGGCACAGUUUUAUUUUAAAUUGAAUUUAUUUUAUAAAAAGUUUAUAUGUAUCAUGAUAUAUGUAAUUCACUGUUAUAAUCUAAUAUCACAAACUAAGAUAUGAAACUUCCCGCUGCAUUUUAAUGAACAGAAAGCUCCAUUUACUCAAAACAAACUAAAAUAAUGUUUCUUGCUGUGUUUUGUGGCUUUUCUUACGGCAGUAACGUCAGAAACAUAUGAAUGUGUUUGCUUUGCACCGGUCACAGACCUUCACACGUUUAGAUGGAGUCUGACGACUUCUGCUGCAUUAACCUCUCAGUGAAGAUUAAAUGUUGCUGCACAGAGAGAAGGAGGUUCAACAUGUUCAGCUGCUGUGGUGGAGUCGCUUCAGUUUGGUCACAAACUUACAUUUUAUCUCUGAGAACUACAACAGCGUAUAAGGACCAUUGUAAUAAAUACAGAGCCGGGGGGGGGAUAUUCCAAGAAAACAAAUCUAUAUUCUCUGAGGAAAUAUUUGAGAAAUUGGAAGUUGAUCUAACCGUGGAAAGAGAAGUGGUUUGGUUCCUCCUUUUUUCUCAGAGAAUAUUCAAAGGUUUAUUUUAUCGUAAAUGUACGACUUUAUUAAUUUCUCGUAUAUAACGAACGGCUAGCCGGACUCUGUCCAACAAUACACCGACCACCGCGUCUGAAGCUUGACAUGUUGUAACUCGUAUGUUUAAUCCACAGACUGAAGUGGACGUAGUCACGGUGACUACCCGUUGGUUUGUGGCCUACGGUGUAGAAACCUCGAGUUUGGCAUUUUGGCUGUCGCCAUCUUGGUUUUGACGAGAGAUUGGAGUUGGGGAGAGAUACGCAUCGCAUGUCACCGUGGUAGCGACCUGUCAAUCACAGGUAGCCUCGCCCUAAAGAGACGCUGCUUUAUCCUCUAUUUUACUGUAAAUGUUUCCAUAAGUUACUAAAUGAACAUCAUGUUGAAGAAGACUUG